UACAAAAGUUAUUUAUUGGUAUUCUCAUAUCCUUCCUGUAGGGUUUGGGUGAGUACAUGGCAGCCACAAAUGAGACUUCCUUGGAUGUCUUUACCUUACUUGGAUUUCCAGAAGAGCGCAUAUUAUUAUCACUUUUAAUUGGUCUAAUCUACACAAUAACUGUUCUAGGAAAUCUCUCUGUUUUUGGCAUUGUUCAAGUAGACAGCCACCUCCAGUCACCAAUGUAUUUUUUCUUGGCUUGCCUAUCUUUAUUAGAUGUCUGUUACUCUUCGGUUACUCUCCCAGCCAUGUUGGCCAACGCCAUAACAGGCAACAGCAAGGUUUCCUUCAAUAGAUGUCUUACACAACUCUAUUUCUUUGUCUGCUUUGGAGGAACGGAAUGUAUUUUCCUAGCUGUCAUGGCUUACGACCGAUACGUGGCCAUAUGUAACCCGCUCCACUACAUCACCACGAUGAAUAAGAAGGUCUGUUCAUACUUUGUGGCCGCAUGCUGGUUCAGCGGAUCAGUAAACGCUGUUUUUCACACCAUGAUGACCUGGAAACUAACUUUUUGUGGUGCCCGACAUAUCAGGCACUACUUCUGUGAUGUUCUCCCAUUGUUACAAGCUGCUUGCAGUGAUACCUACGACAGUCAGGUGCUAUUACAUGUUGUUACAUUUUUUCUUGGGAUAACGCCAUUCAUACUUGUUACAAAUUCAUACAUCCGUAUAAUUUCUACCAUACUGAAAAUCCGCUCCACCGCAGGAAGGCAGAAGGUCUUCUCCACGUGUUCAUCCCACCUCAUUGUUGUAACAGUGUUUUAUUUUACUUCCAUCUUCAACUAUAAUGGUCCAAACUCUGGAGAUUCCUUUGUCUUUGUCCAAAUAGCUUCUCUUCUUUACAGUAUUGUCCCCCCAUUGCUGAACCCGGUUGUUUACUGUCUGAGAAACAACGAGGUGAAGAGAGCCUUGAGGAAUGUUCUUACCAAAUCAUACAUCUUAUUUAAACAAUAAUCCUACCCAACUCUGGAAGUAGUUUAGAGUAUUAGGCAAAUACAUUUCGAUAUAUGGAAAUUCUAGUGAUGAAACCCACCAAAGGUUCUAUAUUGCCAUGUCUGUAUCUUUCACUUAAAGUCAGUUGAGGGAACAAAUUGUAGUGUAGCACUACCCCCGGAGGAGCUGCUGGUUGUUUUGGG